GUCGUGUUCAAGAAAGGAAGUGGUGUUGCUGGAGGAAGUUAUGACAGAUGGGUGUGCAAAUGAGGCUAAGGUGUCAGCCAUUACUCACUCAGCUUCAAGACAAACGGCUAUCAUAUUGGCGCAGGACUCGGGGAGUGGUGGAAUUUUGCGAUGUGAUGUACUUGUUGAUGCCAUCCACCGGUUGGAGAUAAUAACAACAACUAGGGAAUUAUAUGUUGAAGAAGCUCCUGAAGAAUUUGAAGUUCGUGCCUAUGAUGAUCAAGGAAAUGAAUUUACCACCUUAGAAGGAAUUGAAAUGACCUGGGAAUUGCAGACUGUUACAGACCGCGAAGCUGUUGUUUCAGCUCAGACUGUGUUGAGGUUUAUGACUUUUGCCGAGUCUCCGUAUGAGAUGCCUCCAGCCAUUGCCCCCUUGGAAUCCUCUGGACGCCAGGGCUACAUGGUCCUUAUUGAAGGGAAGCAAACAGGUUCUGCCAGAUUGUCAGUUCGUGUCACUCAUCCAGCGUAUACUAACCUGCCGUCAGCUGCUGUUGAUUUGAUGGUGGUAGCCAAUUUAUUGCUGGAACCUGCAGACGUGUAUGUUCUGCCAAACACAUUGGUGAAAUACACAGUUUUCCAUCUCAAGCAAGGUAUUUUUAAUCCUGUGAACAUACAGGGUACUCAGUACUAUUUACAGGUUGCCAAGUCAGAAGUUGCAUAUCUAAACCAUGAUGAAAUCAGCGUUACAUCUGUUGAACUUGGAACCACAGAGGUAAUUUUAAGAGACAAGAAUGUGAAGUCAGUUGAACUAGUGAAACAGCCCACUGCACUGGUUCAUGUGGUGCACCCGUCGUAUCUGACAAUCUCCAUUCUCCCACACAACAAUCCAGCUUUAAUACGAGGAGAUUAUUACACUUUUGUCGUUGAUGUUUUUGACAAAGAAAACAACAAAAUAUUGUUGGGAGACAACAUUGCCAUAGAGACUGUAAUUCCCCCGGAGUAUUUCGAGACGGAAUAUCUGUCAAGCAAUGGUUCCUAUUUGUAUGGUGUUCCCAUCCAGACUGGUAGAACAAAAAUUCAGGCCACACUCUCAUCUAUUCAACUGGAAGAUCGCAUAUUCGAAUUAAACCCUCCCUUGCAAGCAGCCCAAGAUUUAGAAAUCUUUGACCCUUUGAUGGUUGUACCGCCCCUCACCAUUCUACCAUGGGAUCCCAUCACGAAACCGGUUUACAAUGUUACCCUCACUGCUAUAGGAGGCUCUGGCCCUCUUCUCUGGAGCAGCAGUAAUUCAGAUAUUGUUGGAGUAUCACAGCUUGGAAUAUGCAGGACUAAAAAUUUAGGAUCUGUUGCUGUUACUGCAGCUAUGGUGAAAAAUCUUCAUAAUAAACACUCGGCAGAGAUUCAUAUCAAAGAGGCAUUAGGGAUUAAGUUGCUGGAGGGUGUGGUAGAAGCUGAAAUUGAGACCCCUCUUCCACUUCACAUUGCAGCUUAUACGGAACGUGAUGGUAUCCAAGUGCCUUUUACUGUGUGCUACAAAUUACCUUUUAAGGUGGAACCAGCAGACUUAAUCUUCACCUCUUUACCAGACGUGAAACCUCCUGAAGUGGAUGAGUCGUGUGCUGUCGCAGAAGUAGUGGGAAAAACUCCUGGAUUCUCUCAAGUUAAAGUCUCUUAUGAAAGCACCACAGAACUCGAAGCUUCUACUUUGGUAGCUGCAUUCAGACCUUUGCAUCCAACCUAUCCUGAGUCCGGUAGCACAGUUCUAGCACUGGGAUCAUCUCGAGUUGUUGUAUUUGAAGGAGGACCUCUUCCCUGGAUUGCUAAGCCUUCUAGUCACAUCGUAAAAGUUGAUGUUGAUGACACCGAAAAAUUACAAGUAACAAAGUUAGAAGGCACGGAAAAACAAACAGAUGUACAUGCAGUAGAAGUUCUGUGUCAAGACCUAGGAGAGUUUGAGGUCACUUUAACUGUGGGCAAUGAACCAUCCGGAUCUCUGCCGAACCCUCGUAGCGUGAGCGCAUCAGUGAAGGUUAUAUGUGCCUUGCCAGAUGCUAUCAGUCUGUCUGCUAUAAUCAAGAAACCUGCUGCUGCCAAAUCUCCUUGCCCUGGAGUUGCCAAAAUUGGAGUUUCUGUUGCUCACUGUAAUAAACCCUUGAAUAUGGAAGUUAUUGUGACGGACUCUGAGAACCGCAAGUUUGACAACAUAUCGUCUCUAGCUUUGAAAUGGGGGCUUUCCAACGAAGCCUUGGCCUCCAUUCCGUCUGAACCAUCAAGCCUCACACAAGUCUCAAGCUUUCAUGGGUUUAGCACUCCGAUGAUCAUUUAUCAAGUUCUCCAUCCAGUAGGUGAAGUAGGGGAACUUUUAGUAACUGUGAAAAUAGAUGGGUAUGUAAAAGGAGUGUCAGAAAUUGUUCAACAACAUAUUCCACCUUCAUUGAAAGCCUCUCUGCCUCUUAGAUUGGUUCAGGAUGCAGUUCUCAACCCACCUUCGUAUGUGCUGUUCAGGCACAAUUCUAAUUUGCUGACUUUGAAGGUUGAAGGGGGUUCAGGAUUCUUUGAGCUCCAGACUCCAACAAAUAGCAUAGUAAAGCUUGCAUACUUGGAAAAAGACAGAAAAGUGACAGUACGCCCCGUGUCAGAUGGAGAUGUGACUGUAACUUUAGUGGAUGUAUGCCUUGAAGCUGAGAAGCCUGCCACAUCUGCUAUCAGAGUUGCUAGCAUUGCCUCACUAGAUCUGGUGGUUGUGGACAGAGUGGAGCUUGGUGGUUACUUGGAAGCAGAAGUGGUAGCAAAGGAUGAAGCUGGACAGCUCAUUCCUGCUCAUUCUCUCAUGAAUCUCACACCACAUCCCCAAGCAAACAUAAUUACAGCAGUAUAUAAGAAGGUUAACCAAAGAGGAAAUUCAGUGUAUGAAGUGUACGGGAGACAUGUCGGGGACACAACGCUACGUGUUAGUGCUGGAAAUGGAGGUCUUGGAGAGUCACUUAUUUACAGUCCUGCAAAACCCAUCCAAGUAUUCCCUCCUCUUACCCUCCAGCCAAGAAAUAUUACUUUGAUCAUUGGAGCAGUGUAUCAGGUUGGAACCAAAGGAGGACCUUAUCCAGAUGCCACUGUCGAAUUCUCGAUGGAAAAUGAGACCAUUGCAACAACAUCCCACACUGGGGUAGUUACUGCCCGUUCAAUUGGGGUCACUGUGCUAACGGGACAGGCGGUCAGCAUCAACAAGGAAUCUGGGCAGGCGGUUGUUUAUUCACAGGAUACAGUGAUUGUCAACGUCAUUCCACUGAGUAAGAUACGCAUAUAUGCUCCCCUCACCCACUUGGAGACUGGGACAUCAAUGCCCUUGUAUGCAUUUGGUAGUGAAGAUAGCCAAAAUCCUCUUGCCUAUGCAACAGCAGUACCACCUCUUCUCUUUGAAUGGUCCCUCAAUAACAAACAGAUUGCUUCAUUUGUAGGCAUCUUUAAAAAGAAUGGUAUUGUUGAAACCAAAGAAAAUAACGGCAUUGUUAGGCUGAAGGCUGAAAGUCCUGGACAUGUAACAGUAACAUUAAAGGUGAAGCCGAGUGUGCCUAUGACGAUGCCAAACUUCCAGAUUGUGGACAAUUUAAUAUUAAUUGAUAAAAUAGAAAUAAGGGUAUUUGAAACACUGCAGCUGAAAUACCCAGCUGAAAGCUAUGCUGAUAUACUGAUGUCACCUGGAGCAGAAGUUAAAGUAAAAACAAACAGAGAUGGCAAUGGUCAGAUGUCAUAUGCAAUUGAAGGUUGCAAUAACGGCGAUGCAGCCACUGGAGUUGUUUCCGUCGGACCUGAUGGAGUCGUCAAGUCAGGCAGUACAACUGGCCAGGCCACUGUUCUUGUUACAGUGGAAGAGAAUUUUGGUGUUUCUCAGAGUUUGGCUGUUCUAGUUGAGGUUAAAAAAAUCAGUUACAUUCAAGCUGAUGUACAACCUUUCAUGAGUGUACAAGCGGGAGACUCCAUCAGCGAAGUACCAGUUGGCUCCCAUUUGACCCUUCACCUCUCUUACCAUGACAACCGAGGGAGAAUUUUCCAUGCUACUAAUGCCCGACCAAAGUACAGGGCAUCAAGGUUUGACUUUGUGGGUGUAAGUCAUGGGAGCAGCAACAACACACUUGCAGUUGAGGUUCGAGGGUCUGGCCAGACAGUUCUUCAUAUUUGGGAUGCAAACAAUGAGCUUGUCAGUGAUUACUUGAGGAUUCAUUCAGGUUCAUCCAUCAGUCCUGAUAAGGCUGUAGUACCUCUUGGAGGUCACGUUUGUUUUUCAUCUAAAGUGCUGAAUUUGGAAGGCUCCCGUGGCUCCUGGUCAGCCCAGGGGGAGGCUGCUACUGUGGAUGCAGUGUCUGGAGUUGCUGCAACUCAUGUUGUAGGCCGAUCUUUAAUCUCUUAUGAAGUGGAUGCAGCAACUACUGGAACAACUGAAGUUAUUGUAGUUCCUAUUUCUCAGAUAUCAGUUGGUAUCCCAGGUCAGUCAUUGUCGAAUGGAGAAAUUGGCAUGACUAAUUUUGUUCCUAUUACUCUGAGUGGAGAAGGAAUUAAUGAAGCUGAAACAUGUACCCCCUUUGAACCUCCAGUAAGUGUUCCCCCUUUUACUUGUAUUUUGGCUCUUUUCCCACCGAUACCUGAGGUUGACAUCAAGGACAUCUUCGUGGCAAAAGCCAUCUACUCCCCUGGCAAAGGUUAUGGAUGUGAAGUAACUGCUCUGAGUGGCCCAUUAUUGAGCAUUGCCAUGUCAGAGUCUGCUGUUAUAUUAGAGGCAGUUGUCGUGGGGAAGGGUCUUCAAGGAGAAGUUCGCUCAGGUCAGAGUGCAUUGUCAUUCAAUGCUGCUCCUGUGUCUGAGGUGUCAGAAGUAAAAAUUUCAAACGUGGAACCGUCUGUCACUGUGAUGUUACACGGCUUACCAACUGUGAUAAACAGUUUAGAGGUACCUACGACUAGCGGUGACGGAAGUCUGGUAGAAUUAUCCUUGGGAUCUACUGAUGGUAACAGAAGACCACUCACCAUCUCAGCUAAAGAGACAACCUGGAUAUCAGAGAUACCUACAUCACCCAUAGUGAUGAGCAUUGCUUCACCACUCUCAAGAAGUAGCAUUCAGGUGAAUGUGUUGUUAGAAAUGUUUGAUGGGGAGUGUGCUGUACCAAAAUCAGACCUUGGUAUUGUCAGUGUUAUACUUGCAGUUUUGACUAAUCCUGAUCGGUUUGUUGUUAGCUUCCUCUCCGUGAUACUGACAGUUGUAUGUCUAGUUAUAGGGUACCAAGCUCUGUUUGGGACUAACUAUAGGCAAACAAAGCAGACCGAAGUAUUUGCAGGUUCACCAGCCCCAGCACCAGCAAUGACUCCUUUGUCCCCAGGACACCCUACUCCUGAGAGCUCCCCAGAGGGUCAUAUGAGAAAACACUUGAAUUAUUCCUCAUCGCCACAGCGUUUCCACCUUUGGAGUGAUAGCAGAGAACCCAUUUAUGGGGGAGUUAACUAUAGAAGAGGAGCAUACGAUGGCUCUCCGACGUAUGUGGCCUCCCCAAAGUGAUAAUCCAAUGGUAGACUUAAAAGAUUUUCUUAUAUUACUGGUCAUACUUAUGAAGUCAGACCAGACCCAUAACUGUUCAAAAGUAACGGAUAUUGCAAAUGGAAAUCUCACUGGUGAUACGUCAGUGUAAAGACAUGGUAUUCUUUGUAGGUGCAAAUGCAUCUGAUCAAUUCAAGCAAGUACUUAACAGUGUUUUCUGUGUUGAAGCCAUUCAGAUGGGCAGUCAGGCCCAUGUAAGACAAGGAAAGAUAUGGGAAGGGGGAGACAAGUAGGGCUUGGCCCCAAAAGAGAGUAGUAGAUGAAGGAAGGAGGAUUGUAAUUCAGGGAAAACAUUCUGAAGCUCAUAAUCGUGAGAUUAAGUGACUAUAAAUAAUAGCCGUGUUCAUCAAGUCAUUAUUUGAUAUGUGUGUGUGUGUUGUGUUUUGCAUUUGUGAUAUUACUUGGAAUUUGACUCCUAUUUCCUUUAUGUUAACAGUUUUGUGUUAUUACUUGAAAAUAUAGCUCUGUUUCCUUUGUGUUUACGUAAUAUUGUUUCUUAAAGAUUUUUUAUAUAUACAUACUGUAUAUUGUAGGGCAUAACCAUUUUCAUGUCUUUAUGUAGAAUGAAGAAAGCUUGUAAUAAUUCCAGUGUUGAUUCCAUCAAAAGCUCUUAAAGGUUGUAAUUAGUGCAGUCUAGGAUAUAUUAAUGGGAACUUCAUAUGUUCUUUGUGGAAAUGGCUAAUGCCUGAUGGAAAAAUAAGUAUUUUUUUUUUUAUUUAUGCAUGAUUUGGGUAUUUUUAGUGUUAACUAUGUGGUUACUGUGAUUACAUUUUUAUGUAUAUGUAGUCAGGGAAAACCUUGCAGUUAAUUUUAUUUAUUUGUACAAAUUAUGUCAUUAAGGUUUUCCACUUUCCAUGUACAAAGGUGUACAUUGACCCAUAAGGACUACAAUGGUGUGAUAAAUAUGCAUUUAACAUUGUAGAAAUGUUGAAUAUCCUGGGCACUAAAAAUUGGAUUAAAUGAUGCUGAGCAAAGUUUGCCAAUAAGGAUCUGUGAUAGUCUGCUGAAGCAAGAGGUUUGGGUGAUUUUAUAUUACAAAUGUUGUAGUAAAAUGUUUUAUAAGUAGUAUUUUGCAUAAUACAAAGUACAGUUCAAAUUCUUGUUGAGGAAUGACAAAGCUUCAGCAAAUCUUGCCUACACAAUUUUUCUCCAGUCAGGUUUUCAGGUAAUUAAAAAUGUAAAGAAAACUUGACCUUAGAUUAGUAAUGGUGAAAAGUUAAGUUUAAAAAUGAAGGUUUGCUAUAAUGCUUUUUUAGUUUAGACCUUCUUAGCUUUACAGUAUACUUUCUUUUCAGUUAAAUGAUAAAAAUUCUGGUACAUUGACAUUAAGAAUAUUGGAUUUUUUGAAAAUUUUGAAAAAGUGUCCUCUUUUUGUAAGUCUUUACAGCAGUCAUCGUUUAUAGCACGUGAAUUAACAAAAAAAUCAAGACGGCUUUAAUUUUCUUAUUACACACUGCAGGUUUUAUGGUUACCUGUGCACAGUAUACAUCAUAAAUUUUAUACUAUGUGGUUCUUAAUCUAAUCCACUGUUGAUAAUUGGUUUCUUGUGUUGAAAACUGUAUUAAGAGCUUUAUCUUUGAGCAGGAAAGUUUUUCCAAACUGUAUUGAUCAUACAAAGUAUAUGCCUACUUCUUUACAAAGCCUUGCUGUUUUGGUAGUUCAGAGAUCAAACUCGUGAUUCCAGUUAGUAAUUGGUAGUCGGUGGCAAGUUAAUAAGGCAUCCCUUAUAGCAGGUGCUCUCUCUCUCUCUCUCUCUCUCUCUCUCUCUCUCUCUCUCUCUCUCUCUCUCUCUCUCUCUCUCUCUCUCUUUGCGCGUUAUAGUACUAUAUAGGUGUAUCACUAGUCCACAGCUUUGAAUUUUUCAGUCAAAGUGAUUAUUUCUUAGCUUGUUGAAUGCCCUAUGGGAAUCAAGAUAUUCAACUCAGUUUGGCUAAACUUAAUUUCUUUGUCCCCAGUGACAGGCACAGGCAGAAGCUUUGUCUUUCCUGAUUAACAUAAUGUUAACAUGUAUGUAGGGUACACAGUACUGAUAGAUAUGUUCUCUUUUUAAGGUUGCCUACCCCUGAGGGAAUGUUAUUUGCUCACAGAUAUGUUGCUAGUUAGAGGGAAGUUGAAGAUACAUUUAGUUAGAAUACUAUUGGAUGUUAUGGCAGAAAGGAAGAGGUCUUUGCCAAACAAAUUAUGCGCAGAUACUAGAUUUCAUUUGUGUACACACUUUUGUCAAACAUCUACUUGUCAGUUUCAACAAAUCUGACCAAUCUUUAUUUUGCAAUAAAGGGUCCAGUAGAUUAAGAUCAUAACUCAAAGCCGCAAGUAUAUACUUUGCAGAACAAAAUAGGUAAAAUGAAGGACAAAUUUUCGUAUCCUACAUACUGAAAAAUUGUUAACUUGGCCUUAUGUCUGCUUUUAUCAGUGUAAUAGGCUUUUGUAAAGUCAUGGACACUAUCUUAGAUCAAAUGUGGGGACAGAAUUGUACACGGCACAUGAAAAUUAGUUACAUAAGAUUGGGAUCCCAGAAUUGUGUAUGAUCACAUUCAUGUACCUGUACCAACUAAUACAAAACUUCAGAUUUGGGGGGGGGGGGAAUCCUUUUAAAAUAUAAAAGUACCAGUAUGUCUGUAUGUCUAUUUAGUCCAGUUUUGUACAAAAAUAAGGAUUUAAUUUUAAAACCUUGUUGAAACCACUUAAUUUUUGUUAAUAAUUCAAACUUUUUGAAGCAAGCACAGUGGUAGCUAAAACACUAUUGCCCAUUACUUCUUUCCACCGUUUAUAGAAUCACGUAUUACCACCUUUGCAUUUAGUACUUUCUGUCAUAAAGUGUUAGAGAAUGUUCAUGCUAUUUAUUUCAUUCUGUAGUGCACACUUUCAUGAGACCUAUCCCAUGAAACCUAUCAUCUAUGAUGGGUGAAUUGUUUCGUGUGAAUGAUAUGCCUUCGUGUGACAUAUUGGAGUUUUUUUUUUUUUUUAUAAAAAGGUUAUAUGUGAAUUCAGAACUGUUUUAUAUGAAAAAUCAGGUGCCAAGUAUUUCUUAGUUUAUACAAUCUUGUUAUUUUGAUCAUAUUCUUUCUGGAGUCUGACAAAGCGUGUGUCCAUGGCAUGGAUAAAAAAUUUAAUAAUGUUGAUAUUCUUCAUAUUAUGCUUCCCAUUAAUUAUUAUUGUUCUUACAUUGUUGUCAUGGUUAUCAAAGUCAUAAGAAAUAUGUGAAGAAGCUAAUGGUAUAUAGAUCCUUGUAAGUUACAAUUGUGUGAAAAGGUAAAAUAGUGAAUUAAUUGUAGAGGAACUUUUAUAACCUCCUGUGUUCAGAAUUUUGUUAGUGAAUUUUUUUUAAUAUUGCCAUAUUAUUGGGCGUCUCAACUGAUUCUCUGUUUUCUCAGGGGAAAGGGGUGCAUAUCCAAUCCCAUUAGUACACAUUUUAAGUGAAGAUUCCCACAAUAUUUUAGGCCUCUUUGCUUUUGUGGUUUGCAUUACAAUUCUGGAUAAUCACUGUAAGGAACAAAAUUGCUCAUUAUUUUAUGUUUUUGUACCAUAAUUUUGUUAAGGAACUGUAUAUAGUCAUUAAAACCAUGGAUAAUGGUGUGAUUGCUUUGUAUAACUUGUAAUUGCAUUUUACGUUUCUGUCCUCUAAAAAUUCACUUAAAGGUUUUAUGCUUAGCAUUUUAGUUGUACAACUGAGAUCUCAUGGUCUAGUAAGGAAGGUUUUAGUACUCUUAAUGAUUGUCACUGCCAUUAGAGUAGAUUCCAUUUGAAAAAUAAAAGAGAUAUCCAAUUACAUAGAAAUCCCAGGGCUUUCACAAAAGGUGUUAAUCCAUUCCAUCAGGUAUGGUUUGAUUGAAAUUGUUAAGUAAACUAGACUAUUAUGUUGAGUAUCUGGCUCAUUCAUGAUUAUAUAUAUUUGGGGGCCAUCUUGUAUGAUAUUAUUUACUAUGAUUUUAUUUUCUAUUUGGUAUGUAAUUUUUGGUGUGGGCUACAACUUUCAACAUGACUAAAACUCACAGAAAAACUGUAGCGGUUGUAUAUAGCAUUUACUAGAUUAAAAAUUGUAUUUUUUAUUUAGUAAUGUAAACUAUCUCACAAUCUUCAUUAUAUUUUUCCACAAGCUGUUACAUAGACUCAAAAAUAGAAAUUUAGACAUCCAGUUUCCUAAGUGGCACUAAGAUGGUUAAGAGUUUAGUAAGUUGUCCAGAAACAUGCAUCUUUUUAGUGUUUAACUUACCCAAGAUUUUACUUGUUAUUCCAGUCACACAUAAAGUUGUACAUAAGGCCUGGGUUAACUGUCAUGUGUCAAGGCCUUGAAAUUUUCUUUGAUCCCUAAAAAUUACAUAGCUUCAUAAUCAAUGUUAAUACUGGCCCCGUAAAUUUUGUAUGAUAUAUUGUCAAAUGCAGUUUUAUUCCAGGUUAGGAUCUUUUUGUGAAUAACCAGAUUUAUACAGUCCAAAAAGUGAUGCACUGUAUUGUAACAAGGUAUGAAUAAUUGCUAUAGUAGAUUCACAUCACCUGUGCAUCUGAUGUCUAGGCCAGUCCCUUACGACACUCCUGAUUGGCUGUUGAUAACCCGAUCACAGGGCUGGUAACUCUCAAGUCUCUCGAGAGUUCACAUAGGCAGGAUGUUAUGUUCCACCUCUCUUGAGGGAUACUUUUGAAAGACGUAUCCCUCAGGACAGGUGGAACAUACAUCCUGCUUAUGUGAACUCUCGAGAGAGAUUGAGAGUUUCCAGCCCUGUGAUUGGCUUAUCAACAGCCAAUCAGGAAUGUUGUAAGGGACUGGCCUAAACAUCAGGAGCACGGUUGAUGUGAAUCUACUAUAGUAAAAACUGGAAUUUGUUCAGGUCGAGAGAUAUGCUGAUGCUUAUACUGAUAUUAAGGAUACUUCAACAAUCAGUAAUUUAAUGGUGUGGUAAUGGGUUAAGUAACCAUAGCACAGAGCCAAAAUUUUUCUGCUGUCUUGGGGUAACCCAGUGAAAUGAGUGCUUAAGAUUAUUAUUAUUACUUGGUUUUCUAUUAUAAAACGGAUAUACUGUACUAUUUUUAUAAAGCUCCCUCAGUAUUUCACAACCCAGUGUUAGUGCAGGUAUUCAGCAUAUUUCAAGAACUGAUUAUUUUUUAUUCAAGGGAGUUUUAAAUUACAAGCCUUUUGUUUCAUAUUUUUCAGAAUAGUACCUGGCAAUUAGUAGUUAAUGUAUAAUGCAACUUUGUAAACAAAGAAAAGUUAUGAUCUUUAUUAAAAUCAUUAAAAUUUG